AUGGCUGAAUAUGAUCGUGCUUUCACCGAGUUGGCAAGGUAUGCACCUCACAUGGUCAAUGACAAAUACAGAAAAGCUAGAAAGUUUGAGAGUGGACUUCGAGGGCCAAUACAGGACCGAGUUAAUAUGCUCAAUAUGUCGACCUAUGCCGGAGUACUAGACAAGGCCAUUCUGGCAGAGGCUAACUUGAAUAGAUAUCAGAGUUCAGGAGAGAGCCAAAGGAAGAGGCAAAAUUAUGACAAUCGCCGAGGAUCGUUUGGUGCCAAGAAGAAGGAAAAUGCGGGCAGUUCCGGCAACUCAAAUCAGGAAGGUGGUACUAGGCCGACAUGUUCCAGUUGUGGAAAGCCACAUUUUGGAGUUUGUCGUUGGGCAUCUGGAGCUUGUUUUGAAUGCGGUGAGAUGGGUCAUCAUGUUAAAGACUGUCCCAAGACGAAGACUAAUGAUGGUAAGAGAAAUGGGGGUACUUCAGAUUUUGCGCAGAAAGGCAAUGUCGAGAGAGGACAGAUGAGGCAGGGCAGAGUUUUUGCAUUAGUGCCAGGAGACACUCAAAGUGCCGAGACAGUAGUGUCAAAUAAAUUAUCUCCAAAUUUCUCUAGAUUUCCCACUCUUCCACUCUCCAAAUUUCUCUGGACUUCUCACUCUUUAGAGAAAUCCUCUGCAAAUUUUUUUCGAACUUUCCACUCUCCAUUGGCGUCGAACUUGAGCGAUGGGCAAAAGAAGAGCAAGAACCAAGGCAACCAAGGUGUUGAAUCCUUGAAAGGAGGCGGUGAAAACAAGUUGAUGGCGAUGGACUUCCCAUUGGCGUCGAACUUGAGCAAGAAGAAUGCUUUGAAGCCUUCCUCAUCAAUUGCUGUGAAGCUACGUAGAUCAUUUUCAUCUUCGAGACUCUACCGACCUAGUUGGGAGGAAAUGAUAGAAUUGCUAGGAUUAGGGAUGGAUGAUGCUCGUGUUGUGGGGAUAUGGGGGAUGGGUGGAAUAGGUAAGACAACUCUUGCAAGUGCUACUUAUGCCCAUAUCUCUUGCCAAUUUGAAGGUUGUAGCUUCAUUGAAAAUGUUAGAGAAGUUUUAGAAAAAGGUAGUCUAAAAACUCUGCAAGAACAACUCAUUUUCGAAAUCUUAAUGGAGAAAGAUUUGAAAGUAGGAAAUGUUAGUAGUGCCUUAAGUACGAUAAGGAACAUGGUAUGCCGUAAAAAGGUUCUUAUUGUUCUUGAUGAUGUGGAUGAAUCAACAGAACUUGCAAAAGUGGUAGCAGAGCUUGAUUGGUUCAGUUUUGGGAGUAGAAUCGUUAUAACAACUAGAAAUCAACAUACACUAAUUAGAUAUGGCAUAGCACAUAUUUAUAGGGUUGAGGAAUUAGGAGAAGAUAAAGCUAUAGAACUCUUUAAAUCGAAAGCCUUCAGGAAACACCAACAAAUGGGAGGCUGUGGAGAACUUGAACAUUGUGCAGUAAAGUACGCUGAAGGAGUUCCUUUAGCUCUCAAAGUUUUGGGUUCUUUUCUUUGUGGCCGAAACAAAGAUGAAUGGGAAAGUACAUUAAACAGAUUGAAGGAAAGCCCUCUGAAUGAAGUGCAAAAAGUACUGAAAGUAAGUUACGAUGCAUUACAAUUGAAAAAUAAGGAAAUAUUCUUAGAUAUUGCAUGCUUUUUCAAAGGGAAAGACAAAAAUGAUGUAACAAAAAUAUUAGAAAGUUGUGACUUCCACCCAAUUAUUGGAAUAAAAAUUCUUGUUGAAAAGUCUUUUGUAACUAUCUCAGACAAUAAAAUGAUGAUGCAUAAUUUGAUACAAGAACUAGGGUGGAAUAUUGUUCGUCAAGAAUCACCUAAAGAGCCUGGGCAGCGUAGUAGGUUGUGGCUUUAUGAAGAUUCGACACACGUGCUGGUGAAGAAUAUGUUUUGUGAGCCUUUUAAAAUAUUGCUGAUGUUAUUCGCUUGUGGUUAUUACGGAACAAAAAAAGUGGAAGGCGUAGUUGUGGAAUAUCCCGACCUUAGUCGAGAUCCAAUGGGCAUUGUGUUGAAGUUGAGGCCUAAAGCUUUUGCAAAGAUGUCAAACUUGAGAAUUCUCAAAAUUUGUUGUAUGCACCUCACAGAAGACCUCAAAUAUCUUUCUAACAAGUUAAGGUAUCUUGAUUGGUGCGGAUACCCUAUGAAAUGCGCGCCUUCAUCAUUUCAACCAGUGCAUCUUGUUGAACUUCACUUAACCUAUAGCAGCAUUGAACAACUUUGGGAAAGAACAAUGCAUCUAGACAUGUUAAGGAUCAUGAAUCUUAGUCACUCGACAUAUCUGGCCAAGUGCCCAGACUUCACGACAUUCCUAAAUCUGGAAAGACUGAUUCUUGAAGGUUGUACAGGUUUGGUUAAUCUUGAUCCAUCCAUUGGAAUUCUUAGAAAACUCAUUUGCCUGAACUUGAAGGACUGUAAAAAUCUCAAGAGUCUUCCAAGUGACAUUCAAUUGGAAACUCUUGAAGUUCUUAAUGUCUCUGCGUGCUCAAAGGUUGAAAACAUUUCAAUCAAUUUUGGAUAUAUGAAAUGUUUAUCAGAGCUUUAUUUAGAUGGGAUUGCUGUAAGUGAACUUCCACCUUCAAUUGGACAUCUUACCAAUCUUGUUUUAUUGAGUCUAAGCAAUUGCAAAAAAUUGAGAAGUAUUCCAAACAACAUUUGUCAGUUGAAAGCUCUUAGUAGUCUAAACGUCUCUGGGUGCUCCAAACUUGACAAACUGCCGCAAGACAUGGGUGCUCUGGACUGUUUAAAGGAGCAUCAUUUAGAUCAAACUGCUAUUAGACAACUCCUUUCCUCCAUUGGACUUCUGAAGAAACUUAAACAUUGUCCUUGGAAGGGUGUAAAGGAAUAG